AUGCUGUUAGGGGCCAGACAGAAUCUACUCACCCAUUCUAUUCGUCAUUUGAGUCGACAUGUCAAAGUGAUAGAACCUCUAUCAGCCACCGUUCGCUGGACACAUACAGACAACAGCAAUAAGCGAUACCAGGGUCUUCUUGCUCCGUUUUUCGCACCCUCAGCUGAAGAAGCCGCCGAGGACGUGGCAAGACGCCAUUACCCUCGUCUCACAGCCUAUGAUUCAGCCAAAUGCACCUCACCACCCACUCGCACACAGAUGCUCGUACGCGAUUUUAUUGAUGACUCCUUGUAUAAUCCCAAUUACGGUUACUUUUCAAAACAAGCUGUCAUUUUCUCACCUGAACACGAUUUUGACUUUAAUAACAUGCGCGAUCACUUGGAAUUCAUGAAUAAGGUAGGCCAACUCUAUAAGGACAUGGAAGAAGAUGCCGAUGAGGUUGAUGAAGUAGCCAGACAAGUAUGGCAUACUCCUACUGAACUCUUCAAGCCUUGGUAUGGAUACGCUGUUGCAAAAUAUCUGGUCUCAGAAUACAAAUUGAGCCUCUUCCCACAAAAGGAUUUAAUCAUUUAUGAAAUGGGUGCUGGUAACGGUACACUAAUGAUGAACAUUUUGGAUUAUAUUCAGCAAAACGAGCCUGAAGUCUAUCAAAGAACCCAGUACAAUAUUAUCGAAAUUUCCGGCAAGUUAGCCGAACGACAGUCUGAAAGACAAGGUAUGCGAGAGCUCAAGGAUCAACAUACAUGUGUAAAGAUUAUCAACAAGAGUAUCUUUGACUGGAAAACACAAGUGCCAGAAGAAUGCUUCUUUUUAGGCAUGGAAGUCAUUGAUAACUUUGCUCAUGAUUUGAUCCGAUAUGACCUUGACACUCUAAAACCCUAUCAAGCGCUAGUAAGUACAGAUGCAAAGGGUAACUAUACAGAAGUAUAUGAGCCAGUGGGGAAUGAUCCAUUAAUAAGCAAAUAUCUCACAUUAAGAAGUCAAACGGGAUAUCGAUCACCUGUAUUAUCAAAUCAACUCUGGCUCAAGUUUUUGCAAUCCUUACCCUUGGCACCCAACAUGACAUCUGCUGAAUUUAUUCCUACCAAGCUCUUCAUGCUCCUGGAGACACUAAAAGCUUAUUUCCCCAAACACAGACUCGUUCUUUCUGAUUUCUCUUCCUUACCUGAUACAGUGGAAGGUGUGGAUGCGCCUGUUGUACAGACACGAUACAGAGGUACAAUGGUUCCUUGUUCGACUUAUAUGGUUCAACCUGGCUGGUUUGAUAUUUUUUUCCCUACCAAUUUUGAAUUACUGCGGGAUAUGUAUCUCUUGGUCUGUCGUGGAUCAAGUGCUGGUAAUGACAAAUCAGUCAAGGUCUUGACUCAUCGCGAAUUCUGUGAACGAUAUGGUGAUAUUGAACGCACAACAACAAAAAGCGGAGAAAAUCCCAUGUUGAUGUAUUAUGAAAAUAUGAAAAUGAUUUUAACUUAAUACAGAAAGGUUGUACACACUUACACAGAAAGAGAGAGAGACACCUUAUUGUUAAAUAUUCAUUGUUU